GCGUAUCGAUGACAUUUCCGAUCUCGUCCGACAGCUGGCGCUGAUGUGUUUCCACCGCCAUGUGGAAGGUUGUAAAGUACGCGUUGCGCUUCGUUUGCUCGUUUGCUCGUUUGCUCGUUUGCUCGUUUCUCGUUUCGCUUGCUGGUGGCGGAUGUCGAUGUGGUGGUGGAAGUGGAAGCGGUUGUGGAUGUGGGCGCGUAAGUGUGGCGUGGACGUAGACGUGGACGGGGUGGCGUGUGCGCUUUCGUUACGGUCGUGCGUGAUUCGUGAAUGUUGUUGUUGUGCGUGCUGCGGCUGGGGCUGGCUGGUGUUGUGUUCUGCGGUGCGUGUAUGGGUGUGUGGGGGGGUUGUUCUCGAGUGGAAGCGCGAAGCAGAUUCCAGUUAUCUGAUGGUGCGGGUUUCCAAGGCUACAAAACGAACGUAAGAAAAGAAGAAGAAGUAGGGAGGAAUAUAGCAGGGCUUCUUCGCGGGGAUGGGGAUCGAGAAGAGACCAGCUUUGUGGGAAGUGGGAGGAAAGAAAGGGAAGGAAGGUGGACCGAGCGAGAGGAGGAACAAGCGGCGAGUGAGACUAGUUUUAAGUAUGGAGCGAGCGAGCGAACUGCGAACGUUGGGGGAGGGUGUGCAAGUGUGCAAGUGCGUGUGUUUACUAUGGGCACAGCCGACACGCCCGUUGCCCUAGCAACCUGUCUGACGGGAUGGUGGCGGUUGAUUGCGGAGGAUGUGUCCGAUGGCUGGGAAGAGGGAUCCAAAAUUCAAAGAGGGCCAGCGUCGGCGGGGUGCGAGAGAGGGAGGGAGGGGUGGCUACCGAGAUGUGAAACACAAUAGCCGGCUGCCAAAGGGCUCGUUCCCAGGCGUGCAGGAAGGACAAAGAAAAUACGGAAGGUCAACCAACCGUCAAGGACGAGGGGGAAGGAUGGGAUGGAUCGGUGGAGUAGUUCGUGCGGGGUGCGAUGGACGGAGGAGGGGAGGUCCGAU